CACACGCAGUGGUGUCCAAGAUGAUGGGAAGAUGCUGUUCGUCGAUUCCAAUGCCGAAUCCCAGCGAAUUGAAGCCAUUUCAGACCAUCAAUGGAUUUCAGCAGCUAGCUGAAAGUCGUCGCUUCAAGGCGUGGUUCUUGGAUCAGUUUGGAGUUCUACACGACGGGAAGCAGCCAUACCCCGGUGCCAUUACUACAUUAGAAAAGUUGGCAGCUUGUGGAACUAAGAUGGUAAUCAUUAGCAAUUCUUCUAGGCGUGCAUCAACAACCAUGGAAAAAUUAAGUAGCCUUGGAUUCAACCCCUCGCACUUUCUGGGAGCCAUUACCAGCGGGGAGUUAACACACCAGUACCUUCUGAGACGAGACGAUCCUUGGUUUGCUGCACUAGGGAACUCCUGCAUUCACAUGACCUGGAGUGACAGAGGAGCUAUAUCCCUUGAGGGCUUAGGGCUCCAAGUAGUAGAAAAUGUUGAAGAAGCUCAGUUCGUUUUGGCUCAUGGUACUGAAGCUUUGGGGCUUCCAUCGGGAGACGCACUUCCAAUGAGUAUAGAAGAACUCAACAAAGUGUUGGAGAAAUGUGCUGCUAAAAAGAUUCCUAUGGUUGUUGCCAAUCCGGAUUUUGUCACAGUUGAGGCUAGAGCUUUGAGAGUGAUGCCUGGAACAUUGGCAACCACGUAUGAGAAGCUUGGUGGCGAAGUGAAGUGGAUGGGCAAGCCGGGCGAGAUCAUAUAUAAAUCAGCCAUGGCAAUGGCUGGUGUGGAAGCUUCUGAUAGCAUUGCUGUUGGCGACUCUCUCCACCACGACAUAAAAGGCGCAAAUAUUGCCGGCAUAUCUUCAGCUCUCACCACUGGCGGCAUCCAUGCAACUGAACUCGGACUUACUGCGUUUGGAGAGGUUGCUUCUGAAUCAUCUGUUCGCUCUCUUGCUGUUAAGUACGAGGCUUAUCCGAGUUACGUGCUUCCCUCGUUUACAUGGUAGCAUCGCUCUCAUCUGAGCUUCAACCAGCUGAUCUUGGCCAACAAAAUUUGGAUGUUAUUGCAGUUGCUCACAUUUGACGUUGAGAUUUAUAGAAGUUCCAAAUCCGAUGUUAUAUGUUAUUACAUUGUUUCAUAUUCACGGUUCCUCAUUUAUCACGCAAAAUAAGAUUAAUUCAUUUUUUUUACA